AAUGCUAUUAUAUCGAUGUUUUCUCAAAAAAAUAUUGCCAAAUGUAUCGAUAGAAGCUCGAUUCGCUUGCGACUGCUCUGCGCGAUGUCUUCGUCAAUUUUUGCCAAUGUGCCCAAAGGACCGGCAAUUGAAGUGUUUGCCUUGACGCAGGCAUUUAAGGACGACGAUAACACUAAAAAGGUCAAUUUGUCCGUUGGUGCCUACAGGACGGAGGAGGGUCAACCAUGGGUACUCCCUGUGGUGCGCAAAACCGAAGUGGGAAUAGCGCAAGAUGAGUCAAUUAAUCAUGAAUAUUUGCCGGUGACAGGCCUUGAAACAUUCACAAGGGCAGCAACUGAAUUGGUUUUGGGAGCUGAUUCCAAUGCAAUCAAAGAGAAACGAGCUUUUGGUGUACAAACGAUAUCUGGAACAGGUGCAAUUCGUGUCGCUGCUGAUUUCUUACACCGACAAUUAAAACGCUCCACCGUCUAUUAUUCCAAUCCGACAUGGGAGAAUCAUCAUAAGAUUUUUGUUGAUAGUGGCUUUACCAAUCUUCAUUCGUAUCGCUAUUGGGAUCAAAAUAACCGACAGCUGGAUCUUGAGGGUAUGCUCGCUGACUUGGAGCAGGCGCCGGCGGAAUCUGUGAUUAUUUUACAUGCGUGUGCGCACAAUCCAACGGGCAUGGAUCCCACUCACGAGCAAUGGAAGGAAAUUGCCAAUCUGAUGGAGCGUAAAAAACUCUUCCCACUCUUCGAUUCAGCUUACCAGGGCUUCGCUAGCGGUGAUCCCGAUCUAGAUGCCUGGGCGAUUCGGUAUUUUGUGGACCGUGGAUUUGAGCUAUUUGUCUGUCAAUCAUUUGCCAAAAAUUUUGGAUUAUACUGCGAGCGUGCUGGUAACUUGACUGUGGUGCAACAGAGCAGUGCCACCAGAGAUAUGAUUCACUCGCAGCUGACACUAAUCAUUCGUGCCAACUACUCAAAUCCACCAGCGUAUGGAGUGCGCAUUGUGUCCAAAGUAUUGAAUACGCCGGAAUUGCGUAAGGAGUGGAUGGAGUGCAUCAAAAAUAUGUCGAGCCGUAUUCGACAAAUGCGUAAAUUGCUGCGCGACAAUCUGGUUGCGUUGGGAACUCCCGGAAAUUGGGAUCACAUUGUCAAUCAGAUUGGUAUGUUCUCAUAUACGGGUCUUGACCAGAAUCAAGUCAACGUUCUCAUCAAAACUUACCAUAUAUAUUUGCUUAAGACUGGUCGCAUAAAUAUGUGUGGUCUGAAUACAAGCAACGUUGAUUAUGUGGCGAAGGCGAUUCAUGCAGCUGUGACAUCCACUCCAGCAGUUGAUAAUAAAUUAUAAGCUUUUUAAUGGCUAACAAGAGUUAUUGCACAGAAAUUAACAUCAGUAGCAACUAUAUACACCAAAUGCUCCACGCAUUAAUACCCCUAUGCAGUUAAGCAAUAUUAAUAUUUGCAUUUUAUAGACAAUAUGAAAAGUGUAUUUGAAAGAGAUAUAUCUUGCAUUUAAAGCAAAUUGUAAUUGUUGUUAAUAAACACAAACUUAUAUUCACA